AAGUGUUAUAGUGUCUCUAAUUGUGAAAUAAGAGUCUUAAUAAUACAUUGUAUCAAACGAAGGAAACAAAUUUAUUCAUCUCAUGCGCUUGUCUCGAGUCGGUCGAGACUCUGGAGGAGCCUUAUCCCGAUCCGCGAGAGCACGCAAACACCGAUAAAUUAUUUAUCUUUCAUUUAAUUUAAUCAUAUCCAAAUAACCCUAAGCUCACCGUUGUGUUUCAAUUGCAAUAAUUGAAGGCUAGAUGGCGAGUGCAUCAGAGUUCGACCCAGCGCUUGCGCUUUCUCACAAAUUCCCUGAUACUACGUACUCUUAUACCGAAAGGGAUGCAGCACUUUAUGCCCUAGGCGUUGGGGUGUGUUUGUCAGACGCUGUUGACGGUGUUGAGCUUAAAUAUGUCUACCAUGAAAAUGGUCAGGGGUCUAUCAAGGUCUUGCCUACGUUUGCUACUCUACUUGUACUUAGAUCUGGGGCGAGUGGUUAUAAUCUCCCAGGUUUGGAAUAUGAUCCACGCCUUCUACUUCAUGGACAACAGUACAUAGAAUUAUACAAACCACUUCCUUCAAGCUGUCAUAUACACAAUAUAGUAAGCCUUGCCGGAUUACAUGAUAAAGGUAAAGCAGCAAUUUUGGAGAUUGAAACAAAAAGCUACGAGAAAGAAUCUGGUGAUUUAUUGUGCAUGAACAGGACAACUGUCUUUCUCCGUGGUGCUGGUGGCUUCUCAAAAUCAUCUAAGCCAUUUUCUUAUACAAAUUACCCUAUGAAUCAGAAUCCAGCUGUGAAAAUUCCUGAAAGUAAACCUUUUUCAGUGUUUGAGGAUCGUACCCAACCAUCUCAGGCAUUGCUCUAUAGGCUAUCUGGUGAUUACAAUCCUCUGCAUUCAGAUCCCAUGGUUGCAAAGGUUGCUGGAAGUUGGGGUGUGCUAAGAUUCUCGCAGCCAAUAUUGCAUGGUCUGUGCACAUUAGGAUUUGCAGUUAGGGCAAUCAUCAAAUGCAUAUGCAGAGGAGAUCCAGACUUGAUAAAAAGCGUAGCGGGCAGAUUUCUUCUACAUGUCUACCCCGGUGAAACUCUAGUUACUGAGAUGUGGCUUGAAGGCUCAAGGGUAAUAUAUCGGACUAAGGUGAAAGAGCGAAAGCGGACAGUUCUUUCUGGCUACGUUGGUCUGCGUGGUUUGACUUCGUCACUGUGAAAGAAUUCAAUUACAUGUAGGCUGUAGGUCGAUAAUAUUUGCAGAGGGCUUACCAUUAAUUAUGUGUUCAAUUUCAAUAAAUCAAUAAUGCCUAUAUGAUCUGGAGAUAAUUUUAAAACGUAAUUAAGUGUGUGAUAGAUGACUAAAUUUUACAAAA